AUGCCAAAAUCUAAGCCCAACUGUUCAGGAAAGGUGAAAACGGCCCCAUCCCCAUCUCCUUCUAUCGAGCGAGUCGACGUAAGCCAGGAACUAGCCUCCCAACUGAAGUCCCAGGACGGUCCGCCUACUACAGUGGUGGCAGCGCAACGACCGUGCCCACAACCCCUGAACCUGCCCGGCAGCAAAAUAAACACAACGCGCACCGUCAACAUACCACCCUACGAUGGUACCGAGUCUUUUGCUGUGUGGCUCAGACGGGCGAAGUUCUAUUUGCGGGAGAUCUCAGAGGCCGACAGGCCCUGGACAUUACUCAAGGCCCUCGCGCCUAAACAGUUGGAUAAAGCGCUCGACGCUGGUCUCGACGCCGAUCUUCCCUUUGACGCGCUUUGCCAACGCCUGUCCAACCUGUUCAGCCAUAGGUACUCCUUCGGCGACGCAAUGGAACAGUUGCAGCAACGGAGAUUUAACCAGGACGAAACCCUAAACCAGCUGGUGGAGGAUCUGGGACGCCUGACGACUGGGGCGUUCCCCUCUUUGGGCUCCGCAGAUAAAGACAACACCGUACUUUAUUAUUUUAUUAAAGCAGUGCCGGCAUCCGACCUUUUACGCUCACUGUUGUUGCAGCCGCCGGACAGUUUACAAGAGGCCGUCACCAGGGCCGAACGCUACCUGCGAUUGUGCCCUUCAACCUCCCGUCCCCUUCCUCCUGAAGACGCAUACGAUCGAGAUGCCCACCCUACGUCCGCGGGACGAGGUACCUUCUAUCCCCCACGACGUUUCAGAGGCCAAACACGGCCACCCUUUAAUCAUCGAGGACAACCGUUUCGCCGGCCAGGUGGACAAAUGUCUCCCAGCAACCAUAUCUGCACCUGUCAAAGGACAACGGGUACGGUCUCUAUUACUUCUUGCACCAGCUCUACUUUAUCAGUUACCCCUUUUUAUGCCACAGUAACCGUAGCUGUUCAGACUGUACGGGCGUUGAUUGAUACGGGAGCGACGGUAUCCCUAGUUAACCCACGGGUCUUACAACCGGGUAUCCACCGCCAGCGUAAUGACAUUCCCCACCCAGGGAGAUUGACCACGGCCGACGGAUCACGCUUAAUACACCACGGGACCAAACGAUGCCUUUCGGCCUCUGUAACGCGGCUGCUACAUUCCAACGGCUGAUGCAGGUAGUGUUGUCACACCUCUAUCCGCGCCAGUGCCUAAUCUACCUUGACGAAGUCAUUGUCUCCGGCAAAACUAUCGCCCAGCAUAACGAUAAUCUACGCGCCGUGCUCCUAGCGUGACGCGAGGCAGGCCUUACGCUUAACCCACAGAAGUGUCAAUUCCUGCGAGAGAAGGUUAAUUACCUAGGACACGAAGUCAGUCCGUCGGGUAUCAAAGUCUCAGCCGAAAAGGCGGAAGCUAUCCUCACUUGGCCGACGCCAAACUCCACCACGGAAGUCAGAAGUUUUAUCGGGUUGGCGUCCUAUUACAGACGGUUUAUUCGCGAUUUUGCAGGUAUUGCGCGUCCGUUACACCGACUUACAGAGAAAGGGCGCGAAUUUCGUUGGACGGACGAAUGCCAGGCCGCGUUUGAUGAGCUGAGAACCCGCCUGUCGAGAGCACCGAUACUUAUGCUCCCCAAUACCACCGAGACGGCGCCACCCUUCGUACUGGACACGGACGCCAGUGCCUUCGCCAUGGGAGGUGUACUUUCGCAAACCGACGAUAACGGCCUAGAACGCGUUAUCUGUUUCGCUAGUAAAACACUCAUCAAGCCACAACGAAAUUACUGCACAUAUCGACGUGAAUUGUUGGCCAUAGUCACCUUCGUCAAACAAUUUCGGCCAUAUCUGCUUGGAAAGCCGUUCGUCAUACGCUCCGAUCAUAAGGCUCUGCAAUGGCUACAAAACGCGAAGGACGCAGAGGGUCAACUUGUUCGCUGGCAGGAAAUGUUACAGGAAUAUCAUUUCACUUGUACAUACCGCCCCGGGAAACAACACGGCAACGCCGACGCUUUGUCCCGACGGCCAACAACGCCAGCCACACACGAUGAAGACGGCGCGAUAGGCGAAAUAAACGCCAUUUACGCCAGCGAACCAGCUAGACACCAUUUGGCAAUAGCCCAGAGCACAGACCCGGAUACUGCAGUAGUUUACGACCACCUGUUAAACCGGCGACACCGUCCUACGGACGAUGAAUUGCGUCGGUCGUCAGAAGAAGCACAUAUACUGCGGAGCCAAUGGCCACGGCUGCAUAUCGACGAAGAUAUCCUUCUCAUUAAGGACGAGAGCACAAAAACCGACAGAGUAGUAGUACCAGGCAGUCUCGUACACGUGGUCCUCACGGAUCUACACGAGUUAGGCCACGUCGGGCAAGCCAAGACAGAAGCCGCCACUCGGCAACGAUUUUGCUGGCCCCAUCUACGAGAACACGUCGCCACCUUCUGCAAUACAUGCACCACGUGCGCUAAGUUCAAGGCACCUAGACAACUCCCACGUGCACCGUUGCAGCCCAUGCACACUAGCUUUCCGUUCCAGCGGCUGGGCCUGGACAUCAUCGGCCCCCUCCCCUUUACGACAACCAGUCGUCGGUUCAUACUCGUGAUGGUGGAUUAUUUCACCAAAUGGGCAGAGGCUGUGCCGCUAUUACGCCAAGACACAGUGUCGUUCACCAACGUAAUCUUUAACAACUGGAUUUGCCGGUUCGGUGUUCCGUUGUCGAUACAUUCCGACUGCGGGGAUAACUUCGACAGCAAACUGCUGCAAGAGGUUUGUGACCUCCUCGAUAUCUACAAGACCCGCACCACUCCAGCACACCCCGAAGGCAACGGAUUGGUGGAACGAACCAACCGUACCCUGAAUCAACUGUUGAAGGCGUUCGCGGAAGACCAUCAUCCCCACGACUGGGAUAAACGACUACCGUGCGCCAUGAUGGCGUACCGUGCUAACACACACACGUCAACGGGUUACCCACCUUUCUUUAUGCUAACAGGACGUCAAUUUCGCCUUCCCGCAGAUUCACGGUUCCCACAACCCGCCGCAAACGAAUACGCACCAGAUAGCUACGUAUGGCAGUUGCAGGAUUUGCUACGCUCCGCCUACACCCUCGCACGUAACCACCUAGGAGCGGCCGCCGAACGACAGAAAACAUACUUUGACCGUCAGGUCCACGGCAACCCCUACCAACUAGGCGAUCUGGUUUGGCGUUUCCGACCGGUACCGCCCUUAGGGACUGCGGCCAAGUUCUUUCACCCGUGGGAAGGACCAUUCGUUGUUGUCGACGUCAUACACCCCGCCACGUAUGUAUUGCGUGAUGCCUCACGCCCUGAUGGACCCACCUUCACCACCCAUUUCGACAAGCUAAAACCUUACAGAGGACGGCUACCCACCGCCACCGCGGACGUAACCCUCAUCAUUCCCCACAUUUAG